GAUAUGUGUGUGUGUGUGUGUGUGUGUGUGACAGUAUGGGAGACGUUCUUCACAGUAUUACACAGUGCUCCAACACAACGAGGCCGAGGUACUUUUCGGUGAGCUGUGAACCUUUCCUGAGUCGCAAACAGCCUCACAGCAGCGGGUAGUAAUGGAUGGCUCGGGUUGUGGUCGAGACUCGGCCGCGGACAGCAGAGAGGAGCCGAGCAGAGGAACACGGCCGGAUCUGCUCAUUACCUGUCUGCCGGAGAGAUACCGCACUGCCAAGUUCGUCCUGGCGGCAUACCUGUUCUGCUGGGCUGUGCUCAGAUGGUACCAGAAGCUAAGAUGCCAGUCUGCACCUCCACAGCCCCAGGAAGCCAUUGAAGACUCCUCCCACCUCUCUGAAGGAUUAGGUUUAGAGGAGGGACAUUUGGGUGCUGACUCCCUGGAAUGGUGUGAAAGAGGCAUAGAAGGUGGUGACACAUCUGAUGAGUAUUUUGAUUCCCGCUCUUGGCACAGCGACACCCUGUCAGAUUUGAGUCCAGAUGUGGAGGACCCUCUGGAUGCCCUUCUGGAACUGGAGAGCACCUGCGUUGGUUGGCGAACAACAGGAAGCAGCUGCCACACUAGGCAGAGUAAAGCCUUGCAGAGAGAGUCAGUGACAGCCAAGGAUAGCCACAGAGAUUUAACAGAAUCUUAUGCUGGACAAUCCACAUGUAGCAGGAGGAAAAGCCCAGAGAACUACGUGGACACUGAUAAUUCCUUGAAGCUGUAUACAGUGGAAAACCAACCACAUCCACAGACAAACAAUACAGAGAAACUUGAACUCAGCUUGCACCAAGAAAAGCCCAGUUCACAAGCCGUUUGCACAGAAACUCAAGUCAAGGGAGGCACAGAGCUAUACAGUUUAAAUUUAACAAGUCAACAAUAUACAAACACCUCCGGCACAAAGGUAAAUAGUCAACCUCAUACUCAGGAAGUGAAGUCACAUUUGCACCCCGAAGGAAGAAAUCCCAACAGGCUGAUUAAAUCUACAGACUCAGAAACAUGCAUGAUACAUACAGGAAACACAGAUAGAAAAAAUGUAGAGAACAAAGGCACAGAAAGUUUAGAAAUCUGUAAUAUUCAGGAUGUAGAAGAAGAGAAUAUUGAACUGCUCUCUGUCAAAAAAAACAAAGGUUUGAAUAGACACAACAGUGACCGUAAUGAUAGAUAUCAAAGACAUACAGAAAAUUUAGAACAGGGUAAACUCAAUACUAUAAAAGUGCACAGUGAGGACCCUGAGAGGUUUCGGACAUACUGUAAUGGAGUACAUCGCAAAAUAGAAAGUAAAUCCACAGACAACACAUGCAUAGCAGAUGCACGUUUUACUGAUGUACCAAAUGUUCAGACAUUUCAUAGUACUUGUACACGAGCACACUCUAAAUCUGAGUUAACUAAAGAAAUUGUUGUAGCACAUCCAAACAUCACAGAGGCACAUGGUACAAAGACAAAUAGUGCAUCACAUAACAUAAAUUCAGAGCUGAGAGACAUACCUGAUACACAAAUCAAUGUUGUGUCAAACAAAGGUGAUAUUUGCUACUCACAAGCUCAAUUUGGAGACAGCCCAAGCAGACGACUGUCAGAGAUCCACCCUCAGUUUUGCUCAAGCAUAACAAAGCUGCAAGAUAAGGCAUGUAUGUCAGGUGUCUGCAUCCAGGCGGAGCAGUCUGGGUGUGUUGGCACUACAGCAGAGGAGACUAAACCACCUGGAACAGUAAAUGAAAUCUGUUCCUCCAUCACAUUUUCCACACAGACCACAGUGUGUUUUCCGCUGGAUACCUGUUCUGCUGUGAUUCCGAAGGUUUCUGCUCUGGCCUCACCCGUUCCGUUGGCAGACUCAUACAGGGAGGAGCUCACUGAGAUGAAACCAGAUCAAAAACAACCUGAAAGACUACAACCAUUGCAAGUUCCAGGUCAAACCCAGGAUUUAAUCCCUGACUGCUUGGAUCAGGAUGGUGCUACAGUAGAAAUACCCGCUCACAUGCAGCUCCAUUCUGUCAAAAAGCUCCAGCACUCAGGUCAGGCCCUGGUUCCAGUUGACUCAACUCAAAUCCAAUUUGACAUUGGUAAGGGGUAUGACGAAUGUCUUUCUCAUCACCCAUUUUCCAGUAAUCUGUUUUUUUCUGGCAACCAAGGAAAGGAUAUCUCUUUUCUGUCACCACAGUACUUUGAAGGAGAGAGGGCAGGAUCACCCUGUUCUUCUCGACAGCAAAACAAGGAGCAGGAGGUGGGGGGCAGUCAUGUUUAUCUUGACCAAGAACAAACUGUGGAAGCUGUAAGCAAUGCCAGUCUUUCACAGUCACAGUUUGGCACAACAGAGCUGUCUAAGCACAGUGAGGUGAAAGUACUUUCUGGAGAAACUGUGAGCGAUCAUACUCAGCAUUUGCCUGGUGAGGUAGGAGAAACAUGUCUUGACUCUACAGAGUUAAUUCCAAAUAGUAGCACAGAACAUCCAGGUGUGACUCAGAAGGCUGUCACCCUGACAAACAUACAAAAUACUGUUAGUACAAUUUCUAGUCAUUGUCAGGAAGUUCAGCUGGAAUUGAAGAUACCUGAACCUCCCUGUAGCCUGCAAACCUGUUUUUCUCUGUCCUCAGACUCAAACAAUAACACUAAGGCCAGUAUAAAAGGGAUGGUAAGAGCGGAGGGUGUAGGAUGUUUCUCAGGGGGAGCCCAGAACAACCAGGAAAGUAAUGAGAGAAUAAUUUUCUCCCUGACUGAACCAUCAACAAAUGUUACCUUAAACCCUUUAGAAGAAGUAGAAAAGCAGCAGGAAGAUUCUGAGAUGUUUCUGUCUUCACUGGACUAUGGACCUACCUGGAGCAGUGAGGACUCUAAAUAUGUUCAAAUGAAAGACCUUGGUAACCACAGCCAUUUAAACCUGGCACAUACAAAUGAACUAGAACAACUAAAGACAGAGACAAGUAUUAAGAAUAACAAUGUUGAAAAAGGUGUAGAAUAUUAUAAGAAAGAAGAAAGAAAUGAAGGCCUUAAACCCUUAGUGUCAAGUUCAGAGAGCAGAGGCAUAUUAGUGAGCAGGGAAUUAAAGGAAAAGGGUCAUUAUUGUAGCCAACCAGGGGUCCACAGCUUACCCAAUAAAAGAAGAAGCAGCUUAUCUAAAUCAGAUGAGAAACCUACCUUGGGUAAGGAGCGCUUACCAGUUCCACAGCGAGAGGCGGAUGUAAGCAAGGGAGCGUACUCACACCCUGAUGUCAGCCUCAGUCUUAUUGCUGUUAGUAGUUUAGAGCCAACUGUGGAGGCUGAGCAUUCACUAGAAAAUAGUGGCACAACAGAGGAUAAUUUAAAAAUGGAAACGAAGAAAAAAUCUGAAGUCAAGAGGUCUUUUGAGGAGGUUGGGGAUAAUGUUAAACCUCCAGGGGACAUCUCCAGUCCCAAGGGUAUACACCACCAGUCUGAGCAGGAAGAAGAAUCUUUAACCAGUGCUGACUUAGACCAUGAAGUGAACCCAGCAACACCUGUUUUGCAUGGUACUUGUGAAAAGCGGUGUAGACCUGCGACUAUUGCCUAUGAUGUUGUGUCUUACACCUCAACUAGCAGCAGCUGCGAUGAGUUUGAGGCUACUCACUUUUCUGUUUUGGCCAGAAAUGCAAACCCUGACAAAAUGACCAAGAGAAGCAUAACAAAAGGCAACCAGGUGGGAAAUAAAGGCUCUAAGUUUUCUGUCUUUUCUAAAAUGCCUUCAUUUAGGAAGGCUAGGGGCUCAAAGGGUACCAAAAAUGAAGAGGUACUCCAGGAGUCAUCAGAUGUAGGAGGUGAGGGCCUUCUGCCUGUGCAAGGGCCACAGAACUUGGUAACUAACAACUUAGCUGAUGAGCUUUUAGUCAAAGACAACAUCCUCAAUCAAACAGACCACCAAGCAUUUUCCUCAUUGCAUUAUGAGGUAGAGGAAGAGGCCUGUGGCUUUCUCCCCUCUACUCGCCAUGUUCCUCAUCUAGCCAGCCAAGGGAGUAGUAGUGAGGGUAACACAGGCCCAGAUAACCUCUUCCUCAGGCAAGUCCAGUCACCUAAUGGGCAGACCUACAAGAGGAGCAGGAGCAAUGACAGUUUAAACAUCCGCAUGCGCUUUGCACAAGCACACAAAUCCCUUUCCAGCCUGUUUGAGUCCCGUUCCAUGGAUAAAGAAAAUGAAGAGCAGGCCACUAUGGGCGCUGAUGUGGAUUUGGGUAAAGCUAAACAAUCCUGGAGGAAACCUAAAAAAUCCAAGGAGGCUGAACUGCUGAAAAGGACUCUUUCAAUGCCAGAAGGGGAAUAUAGUAGCGUGCCUUGUGAGCAAAACUUCAGGGACUUAACAUCAUCUCCACUCAUGGACCGGCACAGUAGUCCAGGAUCACGGUCCUCCCUCGGGGCCCUUCGCCACACUGAUCCCAUUUCUAAGAGAGGUGUUCCUCAAGGGAUUGGAAUGGAAAACUCCUACGGAUGCAAAUCUGAGGGCCAAAGAAGAAAAUGUUCACCGAAUGGUCUACCUACUACACGGUGUGUGUCUGGCCUACCUCCAUUUCUAGUUGACUCUACAGUCUCACUGCCCAGUUACAUUAGCCCAGUCUCACCUUUGAGCCCCUCCUCACUAGCCACCCUUACUCAACAAAUUUCACCAUCCUGGACCACUGAAGGCUUACCUGAGAGCCCCUUACGGCCAUUGAGCCCUAAACCUAACAGCCCUAGGCCAACAGCUCAGCGAAAAUUUUUUCGUUAUCAUCACUCAGCAAGGGUCAGUUCUGUCUCUCCUAUCCACCUGGGCCAGUCAGUCAGUGUGGAGGGAUUGUCAGAUCCCCCCAGGAGACCUAAAACUCUCAAACCCUACCCAGCUAGCCCUCUGGAUUUUCUUGAAGGCAGAACAGAUAGCCUGUACGCCACUGGCUCCAUCAAUGAAUUUGAGGGCCCACACAACAGUGGUCUACUCACCAGCCAGUCCAGAUCAAGAAUACUGUUGGAAGUGAAGGGCAAUGGGAAGGCCUCUGUGGUUUCUGGUAGACUGAGGUCUGACUGCUGGAUGGAUGUGGGCUGUGAUGGAGGUGGCCAGCAGCAAUGGCGAAGGUAUUCAGAUGAUCUCUGGAUUGAAGAGCAAAAGAAAUACAAACGCAAACUAGCCAGAGCCAUGAGGGGGAGUCUGGGCCAUCUCAACACACUGUUAUCUGAAGACAUGGACAAAGCUGAUGCUGGGGUCACCUUUGGGCCCAUCAAGGCCCAUUGCUUUUCUCAGAGCACCCCAAUUGGUCUCGACUGUCUGGGCUGGAGUAGGCGCAUCUCCUACUCGCUGAUUGUUCCUGAUGGGGCAUCAGAAAAGGUGGGACUCGGGGAUGAACUGGGCAGCGAGGAGGAGCUACUGUAUGAAGAGUUUCGCAGUUCUGGACAUCGUUUUGGACACCCAGGAGGCGGGGGAGGAGAGCAGCUUGCCAUCAAUGAGCUGAUCAGUGAUGGCAGCGUGGUGUAUGCCGAGGCCCUCUGGGACCAUGUUACCAUGGAUGACCAGGAGCUGGGCUUCAAGGCUGGUGAUGUCAUUGAAGUAGUAGAUGCCACUAACAAAGAGUGGUGGUGGGGUCGCAUCAUGGACAGCGAGGGCUGGUUCCCUGCCAGCUUUGUACGGCUGCGUGUGAACCAGGACGAACCCAUGGAGGAUUAUCUGGCACAUCUGGAGGAGGCUCAGGCUGGAGAGGAGGACCGGGCAGGUCUGGGCUUGUUGCUAGGACCUGGUUUACCCUGUAAAGAGCAGAUGAGGACCAAUGUUAUCAAUGAAAUCAUGACCACAGAGAGGGAUUACAUCAAGCACCUGAAAGACAUCUGUGAGGGUUACAUCAAACAGUGCCGCAAGAGGACAGACAUGUUCACUGAAGAGCAGCUCCGUACCAUCUUUGGCAAUAUCGAAGAUAUCUACCGAUUCCAGAGGAAGUUCUUGAAAUGUCUCGAAAAGAAGUUCAACAAGGAGCGGCCACACCUCAGUGAGAUAGGCUGCUGCUUCCUCGAACAUCAAACAGAUUUCCAGAUCUAUUCAGAGUAUUGCAACAACCAUCCCAAUGCCUGCAUCCAGCUCUCAAAGCUCAUGAAGGCCAACAAAUACGUGUUCUUCUUUGAGGCUUGCCGACUGCUCCAGAAGAUGAUCGACAUUUCCUUGGAUGGCUUUCUGCUCACCCCGGUUCAGAAGAUCUGCAAGUACCCACUGCAGUUGGCAGAGCUGCUCAAGUACACCAAUCCACAGCACAGGGACUACAAAGACGUGGAAGCAGCCUUGACUGCCAUGAAGAACGUGGCCAGGCUGAUCAAUGAGAGGAAACGUCGCCUCGAGAACAUUGAUAAGAUUGCUCAGUGGCAGAGCUCAAUUGAGGACUGGGAGGGUGAAGACAUCCUCAGCAGGAGCUCUGAUCUCAUCUUUUCAGGGGAGUUGACCAAGCUGUCGCAGCCUCAGGCCAAGAGUCACCAGAGAAUGUUUUUCCUUUUUGAUCAUCAGAUGGUGUACUGCAAAAAGGACCUCCUGCGCCGUGACAUGCUAUACUACAAGGGCCGGAUGGAUAUGGACCACAUGGAAGUGAUAGAUGUGGACGAUGGCAAGGAGAAAGACUUCAACAUCAGCGUGAAGAAUGCCUUGAAGCUGCGGUCACUGGCUGGUGAUGAGGUCCACCUCCUCUGUGCCAAGAAACCUGAGCAUAAACAGCGCUGGCUCAGAGCCUUCGCUGAUGAGAGGAUUCAGGUCCAGCAUGACCGUGAGACAGGCUUCUCUCUCACAGAGGUUCAAAAGAAACAGGCCAUGUUGAAUGCCUGUAAAAGCCAUCCAGCUGGGAAACCCAAAGCUGUGACCAGGCCCUACUAUGACUUCCUACUGCGACAGAAACACCCCUCUCUCCCUACCGCUUUGCCCCAGCAGCAGGUCUUCAUGCUGGCUGAGCCCAAACGCAAAACCUCCACCUUCUGGCACAACAUUGGCAGACUGACGCCCUUCAAAAAAUAAAAGGAAAACAGAAAUGCUGUGGAGAGAAGCAAGAGAGGAGGAAAAAUAAAAGAGCUCUUAGCUCGUGCCUCAAUAGACCCUUUUUCAUUUUUCCUCGUUUUUCUUUGCUACUUGUAAUGUUGUCCUAAUUGACAUUCUGAUUUAUUGUAUAGAUUUGGCUGAUGAUGAGAAGGAGAUUAUUUUUUGGAAGCACUUUAUAGGUUGGCUAACAAUCAGACUUGAGAAUGGUCUCCUAGAGACUAAGUCCAACAAGGAGAGUGGCCUCUUGCUUAACUUUCUACACUUUCAAUCAAAAGCAGACUGGUACUAAUACUACUACUACUACUACUAUUACUACUACUACUGUACUGCUGCGAGUGAGUGUGGGACUCUUGACUGUGCUGCCUCUGUGAAGACGUUGGCUGUCUACGAAACUGUGUUGUUUGUCUCCACUGUUUCGCUGUUUUAUGAUUUGACGCGUUCGGUUCUUAUAGUGCCACAUGAUUUGUUUUUGUACUUGUUUGUUCUGUGUCUGCUUUUGAAAAAAAAAAGGGAAAAUUGAGGAGGUUGUUGGGUUAGGUAAAGUUUUCACUACUAAUCUCUGUGCAAAUAUAUAAUUUCGGGUUCAUUUCAGCUAGUUUUUAAGUGUUUUACGACUUCCAUCUGCCAAAAUUUGGUUCUGUAUGUCUACAGUGCAUUUGUGGUAUUGUGUAAAAUUAGGAGCUUUUUAUUCAAACAAACAGCAACAGCCCACACACUCCAGAAACACACAUUCCUCGAGUCUGUUCCUCGACUCCUCCUUAUACCUACCAUGUCAGUGAAAGUAAACAACAAUGUCUUUUUUCUUUCUUGUACUUAUUUUAAGUGCCAUUUGAAGUGUGUCAUGGGUGAUUUACAAUGACAUGCAUGGAUGUGAUGAAAAAAUACUGUGAAAAAUAUUUUUUUAUCUCUGAAGAAUCCUGCUAUAUUUAACCAGAUUGAGAAACUGAGGUUUCAUUGUGCUACUAGGCUGACGGCAUCACACUCUCUUUUGUCUACCUGUACUUCUGAUAACCAGUGUCCCUGCUCUGUGAUCCUGGUCUACAGUAUAAUCUCAUUUUAGAUCAAUGCAGCCGAAUGAUAUUGCUCUGUAAGUGCAUUCAUUGAAAUGUACUCUUUUCACCUUUAUGUUGAAAUGUUUUAGCUUCUGACAAUAUGGAAUUAUUAAACAUUCCUAAGCUUGA